CCCGCUGAUUUUACCUUGCCCCACCAACCGGAGAGUAGACCAUGCUGAACCACCAGUGUAGAUAGGAUCCUGCACAUGUUUCUCUUGAGUUUUUGGAAAAGCACUGAGUUAUGACGGGGAGUAUGUUGACAGCCGAACCUGUCUUUGGUAAUUAGCAAAGUCACUGAAAUCACAGCAUUAGAAAAUCAGUUGUAGAGAAAUAGUUUCGCCUGACAGUUAGUGUGUGGCGAUGGCAACUUCCCGGCGUCCGAUAAAAGGCAUCCUGAAAAACAAGAAUAGCGGUACAGAAGUCAAAUCGCUGCCAGAAGACGUACCAGGAGACAGUCCUGAACAAGCCCCUGUGCUCUCGGAAGAGGACCAACAGAAGAAAUCACAGAAAUGGGAUGAGAUGAACAUCCUGGCCACGUACCAUCCGGCCGACAAAGACUAUGGCCUGAUGAAGAUUGAUGAACCCAGCACACCUUACAACAGGAUGGUGGGGGAAGACGAAGAUGAAGGGGCGCUGAGUGACUCGGAAGGCCAUAGUGGACUCGCUGCUGACGACCUGGCAUCAAAGCUAGUGGCAGCCGAGGGCUCAGAGCCUCGCUUCAUGAAGGAAGAAGAAGAAGAAGACGACGAAGAAAGCAGUGAGGAGGAGGCCGAGGACCUGACUCCUGAAGAGCAAGCCAAAAAGACUCAUUUUCAGAUGAUGAGAAAGAUGCACUACAACGAGGGCCUGAACAUCAAGCUGGCCCGCCAGCUCAUUGCCAGCGAGCUAGAAGAAGAGGAGGAUGAAGACGAAGAGAUGAGGGACGACACAGAAGAGGCGAGGGAAGACACCGAGGAGACGGAGGAGAUCAGUGUUGACCCGCCACAGGAAGCUGAUUCUCUGGACUCGUAGAUGAGGCUUCUCCCCCACCUUCAGCCCUGUGUGUCGGCUCCAGAUCCAGACAGACAAUACCAAUGCACUCUUGGGAUUUUAAUGCUGGGCCGCACAGCAGACACCGCUUCACCACCGCUAUAACAAACAGCCAUAACCUCCCGGUCACCUGUCUGUAUUCUACUGUUCGUCAGAACUGUGCAAUAUAACCUUCAAACACUCUGGAUUUUAACUCCCAGAAUCAGUUAAAACACACAAGAGAAGACUGCUGCUCCCUUCUCCCCUCUCCUGUUGCCAAGAAUUUCCUCUCCUACCUCCUCUGGACUGGCAUCGCACUGAAGAAUUUAACAUUCUGACUCUGAAAGGAGGAUCAAGGCCGUCUAAAAACAAACAAAAAAAAACCUGUCGGAUACCAGGAUGUGCGUCUGGCCGCUCCAGUCUUUCUGCGGGCCACAGAGCCAGUACGUCAGCCCUGGAGGAAGCCAGGGGAAACCCCACGGCCCACUAAAGGCAUAUCUGAGACAUGAUGACAGCUCUCAUACGCACGUCAGGCGGCUUUUAUUUCUGUUUUGCUUUGUGACCACCACUAUGUUGCAUUUUUUUUGCCCUUCAGUACAUUUUGUGGUAAAGUUGGAAGCCGUGAUGACAGUUAGGUUGAUGUCUUUGUUUUACCUGGUAAUUCAGGUAAGCUAUUCAUAGUGGCAUAAGAGUCUUAUGAUCAUUUAAGCACCAUGUGUUAGUCUCUAAUAGUACAAGACAACAUGAGCUAUAUAAUCCAAAUUUCAUUAUAAAAAAACAUCCAAUUUUGACAAUACUUACUAUUUAUUGACACAUGUAGGCUGUGGUGUCUCACUUUGAUGCUUGCGGUCAACUGUAUCAACUGUAUGGCUUUUUGCUCAUGCAGCAAUUUAAAUGCUGAGUUUGCUACAAACUCAGCAUUUAAAUUGAUUUGCUGAAGGAAAGAUUACAGGACAAGCUGGUAAUAAACAUUUCCAAAUGUUUAGUCAAGACUGAGUCAGGCUCUUUUGUUUUUCCUGGCCACAGCAGUAAGGUAACACAUUUUAUCUUUUUAACGAGUUACAGCUUUAAGCAGCAGGCUCUUGUGUAGAUCUGACAAAGAAGAUUCACAAGACAGUUUGUGAGUACAUUAUUUCGGGGAAGGCACAAUCAUUUAGUUUGUCAUAAUUUUUCACCAGUCUUCAUUACAAUGUUAUUUAAUGUUGUCAGAUCUACUUAAGUGUCUUGCACGAUGCAGCUUGGGAAUGUGAACGUUUUUGAUGCUACUGACUUUAUGUAACACAGAUGUUGGCAGUGAAGUUCACCAGUAGGGCUUAUUUGAGGCAUCUGAGGACUUUUGUAAUGUCUGGGGUUUCUUCAAGUCUCAGUAAAGUUACUAACAAGUCUUAAACAAUUCUUAGAUUUGAAAGUAUUAUGGGAAAAAGACUGAUCCUGGAGCAACCUAAAUUGCACUCCUAAAGUAAUUGACUGUCUUCUUGGGGUCUUUCUUUCUAGGCAAGUAUUCUCAGCUACACACUGUAUUACUUCACUAGACAGUCGAAUGAAGAACCCAACGGUCUGAGAGAAAAGUACGUGGGAACCCUGAAUAUGUCUUGUGUUGUGAUCUCUUAAUUUUCUUCUGACCUUUUAAUUCCUCACUGUGGUUGAAAGGGUUGAGCUUUGUAUUAAGGAAAUACAAAAGAUCAUAGACCAACAAUAGGACUUCUGCAAUCUCCUUGUAGUUGAUUUGCUUCUUGUAGUUUAGUAUUUGGUGGUGGUUUUUUUUCUCCGUGAUAGAGGUUGAAGCAAUUUCAUUUCGGCCAUUUCCACCAACCAACCAGGUCAUACCUAGCAUUUCAUUAUCACACUGUUAUUGUAGAGAAACAGGAAUAUGUCUGGAAAUACAGAUGUUGACGAUAUCGUUGUCUUCUAUUGUGUCCACUGAAUUUGUGAGCAGAUAUAAAAGACAACUGCAGAGAAACUGAGAUGAUUUGUUCUCGCUUAAGUCAAAAGGACAAAAUCGUCCAAAACGUGACUGACUUGACCCCCCCGUAGGUGGUCAUUAACAGUCGAAUGUGCCUCUUAUGUAUUUAUGUACAAGUGUGUAAAAUGAACAGGCUAUGCUCCGUGUUACGGUUUCUUUUGCCUCCCGUGUUCACUGUCUCACUUUUUGUUACUGCACCACUUCUGCCCUGUUUGGUUUGAUUUCUAAGGAUGACAAACUGUUGAGCACUGUGUCUGUCUCAAACAUGACAUGGAUGUUAACAUGUUUUGGUAUUUCCAGUUUGCAUGUCUUUAAUCAUCAGAUUGUAUGUUCAGUUUGGGUUUUGUCUCCUAUCAUUAAAUAAACGUUGUUAGAAAC